CGUCUUUGCUGCGCAUCCUGCUUGCUCCAUACCGGGUGACACCGUCACUGUUUUAUCCGCACAGAUAUUCGGAGAAGACGAGGAGGGAGAGGGCAACAAUGGGACUAUAUGUUUGAGACGAGCUAAGUUAGCUAGCCACUCAGCUGGCACUCUUAUUACUAGCAACCUGCGGCUUUGUAGCUCCGUUACUGCUCACCCUGUGCUUUCUGUACGUCUGCCCGGCAAUCGGACGGCCUAGCGGCUCAUUGUUAGCCGAAAUAUGUCAUUCCAGGCCAGUCUGUGCAUUUAUACAUUCAUAUGUCAUAUGCAUAAUAAGUACUGAAUGAAACCGGUUCUUUAUGUUAUUGAGCUGCUUAGGUCAGGGGUAUCCAAAGUGUGGCCCUGGGGCCAUUUUGGGCCUGUAGAUCUUUUUAUUGGCCCUUGGCAAUUAAAAAAAUAAAAUGAAAUGAAUUCAUUAAUGAUGCUAAUUUCACGUAUGGCAAAAAGCUAAGAUAUUGUUUUGUUUAUAUAGUUUAACAUAUAUUGGCCUGCAUUGGAUUGGUAAAUUUAACAACGCUGGAUUGUGGAGUCAUUCAUGACGCAUCCAUCUAUCAUAUAUUUAUUUAUUUUUAUGGGUUAUGCUUUUAGUUUUAUGGCUCCGAGCAACUUACGUGGUGCAUGAGCUGUGUCCCGGUAUCAGAAAUAUCCACGUACUUCGGUCGUGUUUACAUGAAAUGGAAGUGGCACACACGUCAGUGUGUGCCCUGGUGUGAGUUUUCAUCCGUAAAAGGCAAGUGUUAAAGGUGAUAACAAAAGGUUGACGUCACCGGGCUCGUCCUGCUUGAUCCUGCUUCACAUCGACCUCGGAGUGAAGAGGAGGAGAAGAGGAGUGCUGUAGUUUGUGAGGAGCAGCCUUUUUUACCCACUCUAGCAUCUAAUGGUUGGUGUCUGGAAGGAAGAGGUCUGCCUCUGAUCAAAUUUCGGGUAUCCUAAGGGCGCACUUAACUAAUGGGAUGCUAUCGAUGUUUCUCCCCUGAUCUUUACACGGCGGAAUGUUAAUGCCGCUGCUGUUUUUUGGCUUCUCUGAGUCAUGUUUUAUUGUAAUGUCAUGGCCGGAGAUGAUUAAGGACUAUGAAUGGAUAAUGCUGAGGAAUGCUUUCCAUAUGUGUAAGGAGAAGUGUGUGUCCCAUGUUGCAUUAGUGUCUGUGUGAAAUGCUGGCCUGUCUGCCAGGGCCAGGUGACCUCCCCCUCCAGCUUCUCCCCCACACGCAGAUGAACACUGGACCUCAGAAAUGGGACACCACACAAAGGAUGAGAUCCACUCCCUUCCCAACCCCUGCAGAAUUGGAUGCCUAUGCUAAGAAGGUUGCCAACAACCCCCUCACUAUCAAGAUCUUCCCCAACAGCGUCAAGGUCCCCCAGCGAAAUCACGUGCGGCGCACGGUCAACGGGCUGGACACAUCAGGCCAGCGCUACAGCCCUUACCCUUCCUCUCAGGCCAGCGCCAAGGCCGGCCUCCUCGCCAUCGUCAAGGUGCCCACCGUCAAGGGCAUCCUCAAAGAUUUCGCCGGCAGCCGGGCUCGCUUGCACCCUGAAGUCAUCAUGAACCACCUCAGCGGACCUUACCAAGUGGCUUCGACCAGCACUUUAAACCAUCACCCGACUCUGCCCAACCACAGCUUAACCCUGCAACCGCAGGACACACCUCAGACUCUGCAGAUGCCACUCAGACACCCUCUCACCAUGGCCCAGCACCCUCAGGGCCCACCUAGACUGCAGACUGUCUCUCAGCACCAAGUCCUCGGUCACCCUCAGGUGCCCCCGACUGUCUUACUUCAGCAGCAGCACCUUCAGCAGCAGCAGCAGCAGCAACCGCCGCCUGGCCUGCAGGGGAGCAGAAAGCUGCCAGAUGGCGACGCACCACCCAAUGUGACCGUCUCUACCUCAACCAUUCCACUCCCCAUGGCCACAGGGUUGCACCAGGGCCGCCAGCCGGACCUGAGCACCAUUGUGCACCAGAUCAACCGCUUCUGCCAAGCUCGGGCCCAAGGCGUUGGCUCGGCCUCCCUGUGCGAGGGCCAGAUCGCCAACCCCAGCCCCAUCAGUCGCAGCCUGCUUAUCAGCGCCUGCUCCAGGGUGUCCAUGCACAACAACCCAGCCACCUCUGGCUUCCCCCCGGCCAACUGCAUCGUUGGCCCUCAUGAGAAAGCAACCAUCCCGGUGGGGGCCCUCCCUCCACCCAGCGUGACCAUGAACCACUUGCCUUCCAACCACACAGAUCUCAAGCAGCAACAGCACCCUCAGCAGCAUCUGCACCCACAAGCCAAUCAGCAGCUGCCACCGAACACGCAACAGAAGAUGCGCUCUUGGAAUCAGCAUCAGUUGACCCACGUGCCCCAUGUUCAGAACGGAGGGAGCCACCCUGGCAAGCAGCCUCCCAGGGAAGCCCCCUUCCCUUUCAAGGGAAUGAGCUACCCUGCAGACAUGUGCGUGGGUCAGCCAUAUACACUCAAACCUCCUCUAGAGCGGCCCACGCCCUCUCCACCGGUCAACAACAACAACGGCAUGACGGGCCCCCUGGCCCACUACAACAACGGCCACUACUUCCAAUCUCACAUUUGGAACAGCAGCAUCCUCCCCACACCCAACAGCGACAGCUCCGGGUCUCAGGACGUAGCCAUGCCAUUCCACGGGGCGGGCCCGGGGGGGUGCACCACACUCGAAUGUGGGCCCCCUGGGGCUCCCCAUUACAGGCUACCACCAAGCUCCUCCACCUCCUCUGCCCAGACUAAUCUGAUGCAAACCACAGAUUACAUGGGCGGGGACUUCCAGACGCCCUAUUUCCGCGAUCAGAAUCUCGGGUUAAUGGGCAAGAUGCACGGGCCCCCUGUGAGCAGGGAGGUAGGGGAUGGCAGGAGUGCUCUCAUCCAGCAUCCAGGGUACAGAUAAGCUAUGGCCUUGUCUCCACCACUUUGUUUAGUCUUAAAAGAACAUCUUAAAGAGGGUAAAUGAAUAUAUUUCAUUCAUGAAGAAUAGUUCUUUCUGUCCUUUUUGAUAAAUCUUGCAAGUGAUCAAUUCUUUUAUUUAAUUUGACUUUUUCUUAGUGAAUGCUUUUACCAGGAACAUUUAGGAGAAAUCUACUGUGUCAUUCCCUGCUUUCUUGCUUCACCGUACGUGUGCGCCUGGGUCGCCACAGAUCCUGUGUCCCUUCCUCUUCACACGUUUCGAGGUUUACUGAACCGCAAAUAAAAGAAAAGUCGAUUCCUCGCUGAGAAGCAGCAGCAUCCAUUGUUUUUUUGUUUGUUUUUGGUUACAUGUGAGGACCAUCUACAGGGCAAGGAAAGACUUCCAAAUCAAGUCAGUGUGCAACAAUAGUGGAGACAACAGCCGGAAAAGGCAGAAUUGUACUCUUUCCAGAUGUAAUUAUUUAUUUGUGUAGUAGGACUAUUGAAACUUGAUUCCUGGCUGUCACGUAAAGACACACAAUCAGGUUGUAUCUGCGUAGCAAGGAUCCAGAAGGGCGCGUACGUGUGCGCUGUCCUGCUUCAAAUGCUGCAAUGAAUUCAGGUGUUUUGGGGAAAAAGAAAAAAAAAAAAAAAAGUUGUUGCCAGGCCAGGAAGGCUUUGGCUGACAAAGCUGUCAAGUUUCAAGUAGAAAAUCAUAAAAGUUGAAUAAAGUUCUCCAAAGUCAAACACUGACUUUCUGUUAGGGAGGUGUGCCAUUUUAUGUGACAGGUUUUUUUUUGUUGCUUCCCCCCCCCGCCGGAACCCAUGACGAUGUAUUACUUGAAUGUGGAGAGGAUUUGCUUUGCAGGCCAUACAAUAGUUGCGAGUGCAUCGUGUUACUUCACGGUGUAACGCGAGUGGCGAGUGAGGUGUCGUUGCUACUGAUUCUGAUGUGAAGACCAAAUUGAUCACUUGCAAGAUCGCAUGGAAGUGAACACAACAGACGUUAUUUUGUUUUACUUUUCUGUUGAACAGCAAACGCAUUGUUUAUUUUAUUGUACACUGGCUUACCUACUAGACUACUGUAACAUUUCAAGUUUAAUAAGCGUGACUGUUGCCGGGUUGUGCGUGUUGUGUGCGCGCGUGCGUGCGUGUGCAGUCACAAUGAAACCCAUGUUUUGUUCACCUAACAACCCCUAAAAAGCCUUAAUUGUUUGGUCCUUGGACUUUCCUCAAGCAUGGUGUUCAUGAAAACCCCAAAUAAUAAGGAAGAAAGAUAGUGAGGAUCCACAGACAGCUUUUUUUUUGUUUGUUUAUUUUAAUUACAUUUUAUUGACUAGACAGAGCAAUUCCUUAGUGAUUCGUUAUGGGAAGCAAGAAGAAAAGUGAUAUUUUGUAAUUAUACAGUAUAUUUUAGCAAUGUGUAGUUACUGAGCUGUACCCCCACCCACCCUCACACACCCCCUCCCCAGGUUUCAAAGCUUCAGUUUGCCGUUGUGACUAUUUAUAAUACUUGAUUUACUUGUUAUUUAAGUUUAUUUUUUCCCCUCCUUGCUGUGAAAAGGAAGAAGGUCCAUAGCCUAUCUUUUUGUCAUCUUUUGAAGAUGAAUAAGGAGCAAGAGCGUGAGAGUUGUGCUACUCUUUUUGUAAUAUUGUAAUAAUAAAAUAAAAUUCUAAUUUAUGCUUUCA